UCCGAUAUCCCAGAAGUCUUGAAAGCACCAUUAUUUUUCGACAAAGACCGACAAGAAGCUUUCUCCUCCUCCGGGCAUCUCUCUCGCAGGUCUCUAGCUAUACCGGUUUAGCGGAUGGGAGAAGUAUGAUGAUGAUGGGGAGGCCCAGGUCACGGUAGCUAGCAGUGCGAGUAUGAGGAGAAAGACGUAACUAAACACCGAGUUUAAGGUUGGUCCUCCUGGUUUAGACCGCUUGAAAUGCGAAAAUGCUCCUAAACGUUAUUCCCAGAUGUGUGGCUAGAGACAGAUGAUGUAGCUAGGCUAACGUUACUAGCAAGAAUAUAAAGAUGUAGCCAGCUAUCUAUACGAGAGCAGGGCACUGUUUAAGAUGAAUAAAUAAUGAAUAAUUUGUUUAGGGUAUACUUUAUCCGAUUUAGUUGGCCAUUUUAAAGAGCACCACGAGGAAAUAGUAUCCUAUCAAUUCAUCGUGAUGCUUGGUUCGAUAUGGAACAAGAAAGACUAGCAUGCCUUCUCCAGUACCUGUUCUUGAACCAAUCAAUUUAUUUUAUUUGGUUCACACUGCCAUAUGUCAACAAAGUAAGACUUAAAAAUGUGUUAUACGUGUGUUAUGACAUGACUUUUGUCGUAAAUGUAUUUUGAAACCAUGUUAUUUCGUCCCCCCUUCCUCACAGUUUUGGAGAGGAUUCCAGUGGAUUUACCAAGUGAUCUGUCUGGAAACUAACCUGAUAAACAAGAUGAAGAGGGGUUUGCUGCGUGGCUUACUGCCAGAGGUGUCUAUCCGACUGCUGCUUCUGGUUGUCUUCCUGUGAGUCAUUAAAAUUGAAACAUCGCAAUAACAUUUACAAAUGUGUUCCAUAUGGACUUGUCUGGUGCAACUCAAAUGAACAAAACAUGACUGUGUGUGUUAUCUCCCUCAGUGUGACAGAGCAGCUUCCACCCUUUAUUCGUGAGAUCCAGGCAGAGGAGAUGUGGCUGUAUAGGUUUCACAGAGUGGAGAAUGACCAUGUCCCCACCUCUCUCAUGUUUGUGAGUACUGGUGUGUGUCAGGGGGAGGCACUGACUGAAUUCGCAGGACUCAUGGAACAUUGAAUGUGAAUAUUUGUUCUGCCGGUAGUACUUUAGAUUACAGCACAGGAUAAACUGGAGAGUAACAAUAACUUGUUACCAUACUAUUGCCAUGUUAUUACCAGGUAAUCUUGUGCUUUAAUGUAAAGUGCUACCAUUCUGUCUUACAAAUUAUAUUGCUAUGGUACUGACCAUGUCCCUCGUAUCAGAGCGUGGCAUGUUUCACUCCAUUCCUGGUGAUCCUGCUUUUCACCUUUCUGAAGAGAGCUGAGAGAGGAGACGUGAGAGAGGCCUCACUAGGUAAGGCCUGACUGUAGAACUACACAUGCUGUUUGGCAUCAGAGCAGCUGCACAGAGAUGUGUGUGUGUGUGAGAGAGAGAGAUACUGACCCAGUUGUUUGCCUCUGUUCUUCAGCGGUGACUCUGGCUCUGGUACUGAACGGAGUUUUCACCAACGCCAUCAAGCUGGUCGUAGGCCGGUGAGUACUAGUCUGGAGUGCUAGUAUGGAGAUGUAAAGUUAGAGUUGCAUUGCUACAAGCUCAGUGUUAUGCUGACUGGAUGUGAUGUAAUGUGUGUGUGUGCUUCAGGCCGCGGCCAGACUUCUUCUACCGCUGUUUCCCAGAUGGACAGAUGAACCUGGAGAUGCACUGCAGCGGCGACCCGGAAGUGGUCAUGGAGGGCAGGAAGAGCUUUCCCAGUGGACACUCCUCCUGUAAGGCCCAAUCUGAUUGGCUAGUCCUCAUGCGAGAGCAGAUCUGAUGGGCUGUGAGACUACAGUGGGCUCAUUCAGAUUAAAAGCACAUUAAGCUAGUUAGACUGGACCUGUGUGCGUGUGUAUAUGUGUGUGUUAACUUGGUGGUAACUUUGAUAAACAAACAGCGUUGUGUUUAUUCAGACACUGGCCUAAGCAUUAUCAUUUCAAGGAUUCUCAUGUCAUUAUGAAUAAAAUAGUUUAUCCUACUUUGAUACAUGUGCCUGCCCCAUCUUUGAUCCCCGCUCUCUCCUCUCGUCUUGUCCCAGUUGCAUUCACCGGACUGGGCUUCACAGCGCUGUAUGUGGGGGGUAAGCUGCGGUGCUUUAGUCUGGGGGGUCAGGGCAGGGCCUGGAGAAUGUGUCUCUUCCUCGCUCCUCUCCUCCUAGCCUUCAUGAUCGCUCUCUCCAGGACCUGCGACUACAAACACCACUGGCAAGGUGAGAGGGCUAACCAUUAACCAUAUUCACUUUGAAAAGCGUUAUAAACAUAUAAGAAAUUAUUAUUCUAAUCCACUAUUGAGAGACGUGCUAAGAUCUUUGUGUCACUUCUGUAUAUGUGUGUGUUGUCCCCCCUGUGUUUUAGAUGUGUUGGUGGGUUCUGGUCUGGGCCUGGUGUUCUCUUGGCUCUGCUACAGACAGCACUACCCCUCCCUCCAGGACCCUGACUGUCACCGGCCACUACGCCACAGAGAGACUGUUCCUGCUGUGCAGGAACGCAAGCUGGCCAACUCCAACUACAUAUUACCCCUAUAG